GCUUGGGAUUACGCCGUGCCCCGGAAGGCCGAGAUGCGGCAUACUGGGCAUCUUGGGCAGAUACUUUGCCAAUCCUGCACCAACGUCACCCGAGUGUUGUGGCGGAAGCCAUCCGCCGCGUGCAGUUGUCCAGCUUGGAGGGCACUGACGAGGCAACCCCUAACCUCGCUGAACUAGCAAAGGCAGCGGUGCGGCUGCAGGAAGCCGGGUUCGCGUUGCCGGCGUGGGAUGAACUUGCCGAUGGCGGGCACCCGCCUCCUGCGCUUGUUGAGCGCACCCUUGGAGAGCCGCUGCGAGGAUGGCAGCGAGCCGCCGCGGCCUGCUUGGACGCCUCCGCUUGCACGAGCCUUCUUUCUGACCUUGACCCGGCUUCGCGAGCGUUGAUGCUGUUCCAAGCAGGCCCUGGCGGCUCCCGUGCCCUAACAGCACUUCCCACAACUCCGAAGUUCCGACUGUCGGGCUCGUGCUUCCGCGUCGUGUUGCUCAGACGCCUGCGGCUGCCCGUGCCAAUCGGGCCACGGCGGUGUGGAGGUGCACUCGAUGCCUUGGGUGACCACCGUACAGCUUGUCCGGCUGCCGGUGUUCUCGGAGCGCGCGGGGCAGCCUUGGAAAGGGCCGCGGCUCGAGUCUGCCGCGAAGCCGGUGCACGGGGCGCCCGGCCGGCCGUCGACACCACCCUGGUCUCGCGCGUUACGCGGGCGGGCGACGCGCAACCACAUGCCGAUCGUGUCCCUGGCACAGCGCUUGAACAGGCGGCGAAACGCAAACGUUGGCGGCCGGAGGCCGUGGCCUUCUCACGGCAGUUGGCAAAGGCUCGUUCGCGCGAGACCCCCGCGCGGCUACACCCGGCCGUGCGGUUGCACUGUUGGACGGGCAUGCUGGCUCUGGCGGCGCAACGCGCGCUGGCUUACUCGCUACUUGAGUUGCCCUUGGCGGCAGCGGACAAGUGCGACGGCACGGAACCACCUCUCGGUGACCUGCUCGUGGAGAGAGGCGGCAACAGCGCAUUGGGCUGCGACGGCGAGAGCUCCGGACCGCCGCGCAACCCAGGCGCAAGGGGCGGGGACGGCAUCGGCUCUGUGUCGCGCGAGCAGACGCAGGAUCUGCACCAUCACAGUGCCGACCGUGCCGAACUUGCCACCAAUUUCGAUGCCGACAACGACGAGGAUACAUCUCCGGACCAGACGCGGUCCAGAAGAUCGCUGAGCCGCAACCCAUCGAGUGACAUUCUGUUUGUGGACAUCGAUGAAUUCUUGGCCGGAGAAGGUUUGAUUUACCAUGAGUUGCAGCCCUUGGAGACCAUUGACGAAGCCGUUGGCUUUGCCACGUCCCACUGGACCGGCCAAGGAUCCAUGCUCAGCUGUGUUUUCACUUUGGUCGCGUCUGCCAUGGGAGCCGGCUGCUUAUCCUUGCCCCACAUGUUCAGCAAGACUGGUAUUGUUUGUGGUCUUACUCUUCUGGCUUGUGGAGCUUUGCUCGCACACGUCUCGCUGGUGAUCCUUAUGAGCUGUGCUCGAUACACCCAAUGCCGUUCCUUUGCGGAGCUCGUGUCUCUCAGCGAGGCAGAGCCUUCCGAUGGACGGAGUGGUCGAAACCCAUUGGUGGACACCGUCAUCAUGUUCUAUGGUAUGGCCGCAGUGCUGAUCUACAUGAUGCUGAUUGGUGAUUUUUUCGCUGACAUUGCACAGUCCCCGUUGUUUGGUUACGCUGACGUUCCGCGACAACACCUUAUCCUUGCAUCGCUCAUUUGCGUGUUUCCUCUCUCGAUCCCCAGGAAUGUUACAGCCCUCAGAUACAUAUCCGUCCUGAGCACCAGCGUGAUCGUGUUUUUGACAAUUGUGGUUGUCGCGAAAAUGCCCAGCUGUGCCCUUACAAAACCGGCGGCAGAGCCCCGCGUGUUGGAGGAGAAUGGGCCAGUUCGAACGAUUCUGCAGUCAUUUGCAAUGGCACUCUUCUCGUUCAAUGCGCACACAAAUGCUGUGCCUGUGGCCAUGGCUUUGGACCAGCCGCGCGCAGCCCGGAUUUGGCAGGUCUCACUUCUGUCCGUCCUGAUUGAGUUCGGCAUCUAUUCGACAAUUGCAACUGCGGGAUACCUAUCGUUCGGGGGAUUGACAAAGCAAGACUUCAUUCGCAAUUAUCCGCCAGACGAUAGCUGGAUGUUACUCGUCCGUUGCGUGUAUUCCGUGCCGGUGAUCUUCGGUGUGCCCAUUAACUUGUCCCCAGCAGCGGCCUCCAUUCAAGCUCUGGCAGGUCGCAUUUUCUCAUCCAAGCAGCAGUUCCGGAGACAAACCAGCGAUCCGCAUCCCAACUCCGCCAGAUCGCAAUGUCGGCGCGCUUGCAUUGUGGGGACUGUGCUCCUUUGCAGCGCUCUGCUCGCGAUCUGCUGCGAAGCCUUCGCCGAUGUCAUCGGCUUGUUCGGGGCCUGCUUUGGCACCGCCAUUUGCCUCAUGUGGCCUCUUCGCAAGGGCAAGGAAAACAAUGACUUCCACUGGUUGCAAUGGGCCUUAUGGCCGCCGGCCGUCUCGCUCGUGUCCUGCCGCUUUGCCACACUUCUCGGGUGGUUGUCGCCGGCUAUGUCGAGCGCGAUGAAGGCAUCCAAGGCUUCCAAGACGUCCCAUGGUGGCAGCCCGGGCAAUGCGUCGCCUACCAAUGGGUCCCAGAAAGUGGUCGGGCCGAACAUCAAAGGAAGCCGAGAGGACUUGAUGUUAGAUGCGUCAGAUGAGGGAGAGCUGAAGGGCUGGGGUGGCGGCGUGUUGAGAGCUAGGGAGCUUGAUGUUCUGGAGUUAUGUUUCGAGAUCGAGGAGUACCAGCUGGUGAUGCACCUUCAGUCCGCCCUCUUUGGCGGAGUCUACGAGGCCAAGGGGCGCUCCAGUGGCAAGGACUAUGCGAUCAAGGUGCUGCACAAGAGCGAGCUUCAGAAGGUGGAGGAGAACGACUCCAUCGAGUUCUGUGAAGUUCCACUAAGCGAACUCAAGUUUGCCGAUGUCAUGAAAGGGCACGAGCAUGUCAUGGAAGUCGAAGAGCAUUUCGAAGACCAGUAUUGCCAUUACUGCGUAUUCGAGCUGUGUCGAGGU